UUCAUAUCCUCAGACUAUACACAAGAAGAAAUACUAUUCGUCUGUCUGCUUGUCUACCUGCACGUUUACCUCCAGCCCUUACUUUGUGACUGCCAGGUGUCAGCGUCGAUUCAACCCUUACGUCAAGAUCUUAAAAGUGGAAGCUCUUUUGCACAGUCUUAAUGUUGCCACAAUUUCUUACGACGUAGUGGAUUUUCGUGCACUAUAUUCAUUAUUAUUUCUAUACGUCUCACGUCCGUACUUCAACUAUGCUGGGCUUUAAUGUGGCUUUGUUAGCCUGCAUUGCGAUAUUUUACACCUUUCGUCGACUAAGGAAGAUUUACAGAUUGAGGAAAUUACGCCAGUCUUUAUCUUGUCGUAAUACGCCUCGCUUCCGAAGAAGAGGGCCCCUGGGCAUCAAUAACGCCCUUGAGCGGCUACGAUUUCGAGGCGACAUAUUAGACGGAUUAUUGGUCAAAGGAUUCGAGAAGUAUGGAUUUACCCACGAGAUUAAGGAACCAGGCCUACAUGCCAUCAUGACAGCACAGCCUGAAAAUAUCCGAGCCAUUAUGUCUACCAACUUCGAGAGCUUCGGACCGGGUAAGAUUCGAAAGCGCAGCAUGGCUCCUCUGCUCGGCCAGGGCCUGUUUACAGUUGAUGGGGAGAAAUGGAGACAUGCACGAAAUCUGCUUCGCCCGCUCUUUGUGAAGAGUAAAAUCACAGACCUGACACUGGUCCACAAGCAUUUGGAAAGGAUCUUGGAUUUUACGAUUCCUAACGACGAUGCCACUUGGUCUGGCUGGACGGGACCCAUUGAUUUGAAAGGUCUUUUCGAACGCUUUACAAUGGAUACGGCCACUGAAGCAAUUUUUGGACGCAGUGUGGACUCCCAACUGUGGGCCAAGGCCUCAAUUUCCGAGGGUAAAGUAGACGGUUCUGCUGCCAGCAUGACCCAAGGUUUUGCCAGAGCAUUUGAUAUCAGCCUACUGGGGAUAGUGAUCGGCAUGGUUACCGGGCGCCUCUCCUUCCUUUUCAAACGACGCAAGUUCAGCAGCGCAUUCAACUUCGUCCAGCGAUAUGUGUCGCUUCAAGUCCACCAUUUGCUGAAAGAUGAACUGUCGCAACCUAGUGGGAUACAAAAGUCCUUUCUCGCUGCACUAAUGGAGGCCGAAACUCUGAAUGAAAAGCAAUUGCACGCAUACUCGACCAACCUCCUCAUUGCUAGCCGUAACACAACGGCCGCCCUCCUCAGCUUCACUUUUGCCCUACUCUCCUUGCACCCCGACAUACUGGAGAAGCUCCGGUCGGAAAUCUUGUCAACAUUCCCGAUCGAUCAAGACUCAGACAGAACUAAAAAUAGGCCCGGUUCAUCCACAAUAACGGCAGAGAAGCUCAUAAGGUGAAAGGAUAAUACCAGUCCGGCUGAGCUAGAUCAUCGAUGCAGAACUCGCAGUUAGGUGGGAUCCUUAUACUGUUAGACUGGCCUUGGCGGAAACCAUCGUCUUGGUCCACACCAUUCUUCUUGCAUGUAUAUCGUAUCAAUACCAGAAACCUUUGCUAUUAGUUGAUGUAUUGGUGAGAGAUCAGGAGACAACUUACCAUUGACGACGGGUGUUCCUCAGCUGUUGGUUUAGUUAGCAUUUGUAUAGAGACAUGAUCAUUUGACAUAUACCAAAUUUGAUUGCC